CUGCGGCGCGGCGGCUUUCCCGCGCGCGGGGCGCGGGAGCAUGGCGGGAGAGCGCGCGCUGAGCCUGGUGCGGGAGCUGCGGCGGGCAGCGGACGGGCACCUGCCGCCCUUCCAGACCGAGGUGCUGCGGCAGGCGCUGGAGGAGAUGCGGGCGCUGUACGAGCGGAACCAGGCAGACGUGUCCGAUGCGAAGUCGGGACGGACGGAUCUGAUCUUCCUCAUCCGCUUCCGGCACUGCUGCCUGCUGCGAAACCAGCGCUGCGUCCUGGCUUACCUGUACGAUCGGCUGCUGCGGAUCCGAGCGCUCAGGUGGGAGUGUGGCAGCGUCCUGCCAAACACCGUCCAGUUCCACAUGUCCGCUGAGGAAGUGGAGUGGUUCAAUCGCUACAAAAAGUCUCUGGCUACCUACAUGAGGUCAGUAGGAGGAGAGGAAGGGCUGGACCUUACACAGGACCUAAAACCUCCUAAAAGCCUCUACAUUGAAGUGAGGUGUUUAAGGGACUACGGAGAGUUUGAGAUCGAUGAUGGCACCACCAUCCUGUUGAAAAAGAACAGCCAGCACUUUCUGCCCCGCUGGAAAUGUGAGCAGCUGAUCAGACAAGGAGUCCUUGAGCACAUCCUGUCAUAGGCAUGUAGGGCAGGAGGGACAACCCUGGUCUGCCUACAACAAGAACUACACUCCGGGCUGUACAGGACUGCAGACACCUCACUGUUUCUGCUGGGGGCAUCCUGCCACUCCUCCCAACAGCCUCUGACACUUGGAUGUGAAGAUCAGCCCUACAGUUAUGAAGUAAGCAACCCACACUGGCCAGGGUGCACACUCGUAAUGUAGCAGCCCUGGGAAGCCUGCAGUGGCAGCUGGGGUUGGCACUGGAGGGGCAGAGGGUUCAGGAGCAUUAUCCAUGCCCCACAGCCACAAGCAGGAUUUGUCAGUGCAUAGUCUGCAUGGAGCAGUUCUUUGAUCACACUGUGUCUGUGGGAGUAAGAGACCAACUUGCUGGGCUCCAGCAGCCAGGAGAGCUCCAUGGCUGCAAAAUAAAGAACUGCUUCAAGCUUGUAA